AUGGCUGAACGAUCAUCAUUACCAGUCUCAGUUCAUGAAUCACUAAUGACAAUUCUCAAUGAAAUAGGUGAUAGUGAUAUCAACUUUGCAAGUCAUGAAUUACUUUCAUCAUAUCCAAAUACCAUUACAAUAUCAGAUGUUCAUGAAACAAGUACAAUUGAUGAAGAAUAUCAAAUACGAACAUUAGGCCAACAUAAUAUGGCUAGAAUGUCGAUUUUACCAACUUUUCCAUCGGCCGUUUCUCAAUCAUCACCAACAAUAGCAAAUUUGCUCUUAGCAAAUGUGUCACGUAUGAAAUUCUUUAUUUAG